AUGCAAAUGGAAUCAUGGCGUCGACGAGGAUAUGUCCCCGAUUCCGAUUCGGACGAGGAAGAUGGCUUUGACUCGCUAGAUACGAAAAAAGGCUCUUCCGCGAAAGCCCCGGAGCUGGGAAGCCUCGAGUAUAUCGACCUGCCCGCGCAGGAAGGGUCGAGCAGCCAGCCGAAGGAACUCGUACGGCGGACUGAGGAGGGCUCGGUCACACUCUCCGAUACAGAGAGUAGAUCUCGGACGCCGCGCAAAGCAAACUUCGAAAUCCAAAUCCCGGCCAAGAGCGCCGACAAAGUCUCCACGCCCACCAGCCAAUCCCUUGGACAGCCCACAAGCGAAGGUACAAGGCCAGCAAACACUGCAUUUGACGAAACGACACCCACCCAACGAAGAGGCCGUAGAACCUAUGGCACACGGACUUCUGCCACCAAAACAAAGAAACGUCAAAGCAUCGAGCUUACUGAUACCCAUAUCAAUUCCCCCGCGAAGGGAGGCAGCAUAUAUGAUAUUCCCACAUCAUCGCAAGAAGAAGGCAUACCUCAAUCAAGACCCUCGAGUAAUAACUCUACGCCGCGAGCCCGAAAUGCUCAACGGCAAACGCAAUCACAAGCAACAGCGAAGCUGCAGGAGCCGAAGCCUAGGGAUCAGUAUGAAGAAUCCACGACCAGAAGCUCCUCGCCUGACGAAUUGAUGUUGAUUCCUGAGCCAACUAGGAAGAAAAGCUCUGCGGAAAACCGUUCUAAAGAGACGGAGGAUCCACCGCUUCCCCCAUCUGUACCUCCACAGGUCAACUCGGAUGAUGACUCGCCGCUAUCUUCCGUACCGUCAUCCAUUGGAUCUCCGUCUUUCAACAACGAGCAUUUGCUGAAAGCGAGAGAAAGCAGAGUAACAGAGUCCAGUAGACCUACGGACGGGCAUGCAGCUUCGCGAGAAGCAAUUUUAUCCCAGCUAGAUGCCAACCUGGGUGAUGUGCAUCCUCAUGUGGACAUCCCAGAAGAACUGUUACAAGAACUCCCACAAGGAACGCAAAGAAGAUUUCGAAAACGUACAACGAUUCAACUACAACCUUAUGCCCUGGAUCUGGUCCAAUGGCAAGAAAACCAAAAAAGAAUGGGUCUGCCCAUUCAUCGCCGCGUUCGCCAUAUUGCGGAUGAAAGCCAGGAGCAAGACUCCUAUGAUCCCGCAGCACCCUCGUCAAGUCCCCCUGCAGAGGAAUAUCUCCCGCCGAUCAGACACGAUCGUCCUAGGGGAGAUCGCGAACACGACGAUAAUGAGCAAGCUCCAUGGCAUGCUCGAAUGGUGAAGCGUCAGAAAACGUCACAUGCAACCUCUAACCGAAAUCGCGGACUGCACAAAAGGGUCAAACCUCGAGGCAUUCGAGAUGAUGCGCCAGCUACGGAAGAUCGAGCUGUUGAGUCAGUAUUUGACCUGACUUCCAGUCCUCCGCAUACAGGUCGACCAUCCUCUGCUUCAAGGACGCCUCGCGCAGCUGAAGGAGGCUUUCGGUUUCCUCGUGAUUGGUCACCGCCACCGGGAGAUUCAACGCCGAGGAAUUUGGAUGCAGAAGACAGUGAUGAUGGGGGCAUCCAGUCGAUUCCCUCUGAUAGCCAACAGAGUGACGAAGAACAGAGUGACGAGAAUGAUUCAGAUGUUGAGACACGGGAGAUUCGACGGGCACAACGACAGAUUCGAGGAGUGCUCCCUGCAUCACAUAUGCGAAUUGAGCAGAAAAAAGCCGCAGAUCAGCAAAAGCUCGCGCAGCGAGAGAAAGAACGACAAGCCGCGCUCCACCGGCCAGAUGGAAAAGGAGUGGCUCGCAAACUUGUCCGAAGGGGCGAUCGCUCAACGCAACCCGCAACACAACAAUCGAGGGGCUUGUUCGAUCUCGGUGACUCCGAUGAUGAUGACGACGACGACGAUGGCACUAGUGGCCCCGUGAACGGCCCCAUCAGAGAUGAGAACCAACAGUCAACUCGAACUGGCCUCCAAGAUUCUUUUGCGACUGAUGGCGAUAUUCUCGAGGACAAUCGAAUCGACUACAUGUUCGCUCCAGUUUCGCGCAAGCCCACUGGCCCCCGGAAGGCAAAAAGCUUGAAAAGACCAAAAUCUAAGACCAGUGUAUUGACCGGCGAAAGAAACCCCAAAAGACCUCGGCAGACCCGGAUGACAGACGCUUCGUACGGAGGCCGGAGAACCAAAAAAUCGUCGACCGUCCAACGACCGAGGAUAGGCAUCCUGGAUGCCCCAGAUGUCGCUACGAAGUCUCGAGGCGAACAACCGCAAUUUUUGAGGGUCGCUGCACGGCAAGCCCAAUCUCGCCGAGAUGCUGGUAGGAGGAGUCCGACUCAAAAGUUCCUGAAACUAGCUUCAAGGGAUGAUACUGCAGAUGCAAAUGAGUCCUUGCGAGAUUGGAAACGAGGAACCAUUCCCCAGCGAAAGAUUGGUCCUCCCCGGCCGAGGAUUCGCAGACAGUCUACCAAGGCUUCAUCUGUGAUUGGAACCCAGGCUCCUCGACUUCCGCGGGUGCCUCGAGCGCCCCGAAUGAGGCUUAAUACCGGAAGAACGCCUAUACCCAGCCAGGCUUUUCAGCAACCACCUGAUGCAUUUGGUUCAUCAAAUCAUCCAGUGGAAUUGGACGAGGCCCCGCUUGAUGUGAGUGUCGCACCUGCACCAGAGGCUGCACCUGCACCCUCGAACCCAACUCCGGGCCCAGUCCCCGCGGCUGAACCCCCUCAGCGACAUCUCGAGAAACGGGGCAGCUUAUGGAUCAUGCCCAAUAACCGCGGCAUAGCACCGCUUGCAAGGAGUGCCCCUCGGCCCGCCGGGACCAGUGCAGCGAGGCCCACUGGAGGCCCGCGACUGUCUCGGGCAGUCCUGAGCAACUCCCUAUCUGCGAUAAACCGCCCAGGUGGAAAUGAUUAUGCGCCCCAGAACUACAAGCCUAGUUUCACCCUGGAUCGAUAUCUUUCGGAUACUACAUCGACGGGCCCUGGAAUCACCACUUCCUCAAAUUAUCCUCCCGCUCCAAAUUCCGCCCAUCAAAAACCCCAAACAGCAGCCCGGAAACCGCCCCCAGCUCGACGGCGCUUGAAAAAACAUACCCCAACACGUAUCAAUCUUGAAACAGAUCAAUACCAGCAAACUCUCGAGCCUGCGGCGAUUAUUUCUGAUGAUGUCGACGCACCAACGAUAACCCACGUCGAGAGCCGGCGCCCCACGGCAUUCACCGCAGCUAAUGCUUUGUUCAACCUUCAACGUUUCUAUCCGGUUGAGUUUGGCGUUACUUCCCUGCUUGAAAAUACCUUUUUCCACGAAUCUACAUUCAUCGGGAGCGGUGAGUUCUCACGCUCUUUGGAUAUCGCAAAACGGAAUUUGGAUGGGGAAGCUAGCCCUCUCUCAAUUCGUGUUCACGAUGAUACAUUCAGUUGGGGCAGUUGGAGCGAUGCAGUGUCAUCUGAAAUGGGCCAGGUCUUUGACGCGAUAAUUGAGCUUGUUGAAAGAGGCGCCACUACCUCCCCAGAAGACGGUGUUGCACCUGAUUUAAGCGAUGCGUCACGUCUAUACAGGCUGCUCAUCAGGUAUAUUACGGAGAGCUUGGUCUUCAUCGACCCAGUCGAUCGCACUGGCUUCAUCACUCGUGUGACAGGACUCGUGUCUCAGGUGAGAGAUCCAUUGGCUGCAUUCACGAGCAGCGACGAAUACAACAAGAACGGCCUGGUCAAAAUCGCGUCCUUCAACAUGGUCAUGUCGAACCAAAUACGUCAAGUUUCUUCCCAUCAGCUAGUCAGCCCUGUACUUGCCACUGAAGCCUUGGAUCUUGUCAAAGCAUCUGCCAAAGACGUUGCGGGCCUGCUUGUGACCAAAAACGGUUCAUCUGAGCUAAAGUCGCUAUUCAAAGAAAACAGCGAAACUGAGCGCCGCGAACUGGGGAUCCGGGAUGACAAUCCAUCUGUUGAGGCCUACGUUGCUAUGAAACAUCUCUUGCGCACAUCGGAUCAUUACAAGGGCUGCUUCGAGGAUAUUCAGCUCCAAGCUUGCGACGGUGCCCUUCUCAAACAUGAGAGAGAUGUGGGCAGCCUUGAGUCUGGAUGGCGUGGAAUCUUCAUAUCUCUACCUUUGAAUGAGCUUGAUCCACUGGGGAUAUCACGACCCGGCUAUCGCUUCACAGUCUCGAAUGACAAUUGGAAACUAGCUAAACGGCUUCUGGCUCCUGCUUUGGACCAUUUCGAGGCCAACUCUGCUGCACAGCCUAUCUCCUACAACAACUAUUGUCGCGUCCUGUUCCACAGGUGCCAUCGACUCAUCAACUCUUGGGGGUGGCGAGAAUGCAAACCUGCCCUGGACACGCUCUUUGAUUUCUUUGCCAAAAACACACUGCACAAUCUGAAAUUGGAAGAAGCUCGUGGCUCACCGUCAUUCCUCGAUGAGCUUGACAGUAACCCCUCCCUCGAUGCCCGAACGGGAGAACCCUGCUUUCAUACCUUUUUGAAGAUUGUAGCAAGUGGACUUCGAUUCUUGACAAAAAGAUAUGACAAGAAGAAGAUCCGAAACUUUGCUUGGCGCCUGCUGCCAAAUCACGGGCGCGUGUAUCCAAAAGAGCAACCAUUACGACGCGAGGACCUCGAUGCGCUCCGCAACCACCACGACCUUCUCAGUACAUUAUACUGGGCCGUCCCCGAUGGUUGCCGUCCCCGUUUGGAGACAAUUCGAAAUCUGGUCCACCCUGCCACUUCACACCGUGAAGCAUGCAGCAUCAAUCUACGCUCCUGGUCGCGACUAGUCCGCUUCAAACUUUCCACGGAUGAAGAGCUCUCGGGACUUGAUCCAUUUGGUGACUGGUACGGCUACUUUGUUACAGAGCUACAGCAACAACACUCAUACGCCCGCAAAGAGAUUGAGUCUCAAAAUACAGGUGACAAUCGAGUCUCGCAGCAGCUUGUUGAACGCACAAUAUCCCAGAAUCAGAGGCAAAUUGAGGAGCUGCUGAGCGUGGCCCUUGCUGGGUUGCGGACUGCGGUGCAACUCGCCCCAACGUUGGCGCAUGCCCACAAGCUGCUUGUCAAAACUCCAUUUGAAUCCAUCAUUGCACUCUUCAACCCGAAGCUACCGCGUGUCAAUUCUGUCGUGGCGGAGGCUUUGCAGGUAGUGGUUGCGUACACACAGAAAGACAUUGUCCCUUCGUCGACGGAGACUCCUGUGGCAGUGCCGAUUGAUGAGGAUAGCCAAGAGUUCGGUGAUUGGGAUGCCAUUGAGGCAGUCUAUGACCAACAAACUCCUCCCAGCGAAGGAAUCGAGUUUGCAGCCAAUACUUUCCACCCUCUUAUCUCGCGUCUCGUCUCGAACUGUUUUGGCGAGGAUCAUUGUCCCGAGGAUUCGAUACUUCUAAGUGUCUUGGAGUGUUGGACCUCUCUCGCUUGUGUUCUCGUGCGUCAUGGGCUCCGGAGCUGGGAUAGUUACCUGAGCGAGUACGGCAACGAUUCGUGGAUUCAGCUUCGAAAGACUGCCCAGACAAGGAAGUUUGCACCUCUCUUCCUUGCAGCUUGCAUUGAAAAGGAUCCGAAGAUUGUUCCUGACUGCCGCGUUGAAGCAAUGAGUUUGUGGAUCUCUUCGCUAGUUGAACGCUCUUCGAUGUUGAAGUUUCAACACCGUCUCACUGAGGCAUACUUGAAUCAGGUUCCUGAAGACUUCUUGCUUCGCAAUCUUCCUUUCUACAAGGACAAGAAGACAGACCGGUAUACCAUCACACUAGAGGAAAUCAAUUCCCGAAGGUUGUCCCUCCUUUCUAGUCUACUGUCCAAUAUGCGGGAGAAUCUUCAGGAAAUGGAACUCUCGGGGAGUUCUGAUUUCUCUGCGACAAAGCAAGAAUACUCAGAAGUGAUUCAGCGUGUGAUGGCUGCCAUGAAAAAUAACUACCAAGAGCUUGGAAACGGAACUACCCAAGCUGCCCAAGGAGCCUAUGUCAAUUUCGUGCACAGCGUGAUCGCAUUUUUGCAGCAACACACCAGCGACGUGAAGCCCAUCGACCCCUUCUUCACAGACCCUGCUUCAUUCCCCUUGCCAUCACACGAUCCACGCUACAUCGUUGCAAAGCUCAAACGAUACGAGCCAAAGUUGUAUUCCAGCAAAGAAGUCAUGACCCUUGUCGGGUUCAUACAGAGCAUUUCCGAGCGUGCCGCCAUUGAUAGCCAACAGAGCUACCUGGUUGACCAGCUUCACACCUCGAUGAAGAAUACCUAUGAGUCAGGAGCUCCCGAAAAGCCCACUCUUCGUGCUGUCCUUCUGCAGUGCGUAUUCCCGGCAUAUCUAGAAUCAACAUUCAACAAUCCUGCCGCCUGGAUCCUGGGUUAUCCCGUCAUCCAUACCGUCACGCUGGAGUUCAAGAGCCUACUUUGCAAUGUGGACACGUUCGACUCGGCCUCUGUAUCAUCUGUCAUCGAUACGGUCGACGUUCUGUGCCAAGCCUCCUGUCAGGCAUUGAGUACCAUUUCGUCGCGUCGUCAGCGCCUACAAAGCCCAGUCACUGUUUUCAUAAUCAGCGCCUUCGUUGAGAUGAUUUCGUCAGUUCUGUCAAUCAUCGACUACAUUGACCGCACAACUGAAACGGCCGGAGGGCUCUUCAAACACAUUAAGUGGAUCAACGGCUUCAUCAAAUCUGUGACCCAGUGUCUUGAGAUCAAAAGCUCAGAAUUGGAUUGGACUACAGACAUGGACCUUGUUGCAUUCCCUGCCCAUCCAGCCCCUCCAAGUGGCAGGAGAACCGAACUCUUCGACACGGCCCACCGGCUCGCCUCGACUGAUUUGCGAGCAUAUCUUAACAGAUUGUCAUAUCAUCAGGGGAAGUACUACUUUACGCGUCCGGGUCACGAGUCGCAAGAAGUCACCAUCGAGCCUCAGAUUUUCGCUGCCAUAGCUCAGUUUAGUGAAGCUCAGCAGGCAUUUGAGGAUGUCGCGAGGGGCUUCACCGAACGUGCAGUAAGCCUGGAGCUUCUAUGA